AUGCUCGGCCACGUUCCACCUCUUACACACCUCGAAUCCGGUGUAGUCCUCGUAGGGUGCCAAGCUGGCGACCUCGUACGCCAGCUCACACGUCACCACCUCCAAGUUAGCACUACUUGCGAGCGUGUGAGUGCUCGUUUUCGAGACAAACGGGCGGGUCCCCGGGUCCCACGGUGGGCACACGGCGAAGAGCCUCCCACCGUGGAAAAUGAUGUCCGAGUAGCGCUUGGUUUCGUCGUUGUUGGGGAGCACAGCCCAGGACGGGUCGCCGGGGGAGCAGACCGCCAGUCGGUCCCACUUGUUGCGGCUGUAGUUCUCGAUCAGCGAGAAGACGACGGCCACCACCAACAAGUCCAAGUCCGUGGAAGAAACUCGGGCUUGGGUGAUGACGAGAGGGGACGAGAAGUCGAGCCCGACGGCCUCGAAGGAGCCGGUCGCCAGCUCGUCGAAGAAGGGAAGGGUGGAUAA